AUGUAUCGUGCACUUACAUCUUCAAAUGGAGCACUUGCUCAACGUGUUGUUCGUUCAACAUUAACUUUUGCUCGUGCUGCAUCGGGUACCACUCCAGAAGCUGGCUCUGUUGGCGGUGGUCAAGAUGCAUUCGGUAAAAAAGAAAAAGCUGAAGAAACACGUUGGGCUCGUCGUUUUGAAGCUGAACAAGCAGAAAAACAUCGCAAUAAAACCGCACAAGGUGGUGAUCAACCAAUAGGAGAUGCUAAAGCUUAUGGACAACAACAAGCAGGCAGUCAAAACGCUGGAGGUUUUUCUAAACAACGUCUUUCUGAACUUGAAGCUGAAAAACGACGAAUUGAUCAAGAAAUUGCUGAACUCAAACGUCAAAAACGUUAA